GUCUCAUUGCCCACACUCAUGCUAUAUAGACUACGGUGACUCGGUUGCACUGGUCACCUCACCUUCCCCAAGUUCCCAUACGUCUCCUUCUUCCCUCUUCUUCCGAUUUAUUCAGUGCUAACUAUCUCUUGCAAGUAAUGAGCGCUCCAAGCCAUAGUGGGGCGUCCUCAUCGUCCUCGUCACCCUCGACUUCAUCGUCCGCCUCCAAUUCUUCAAAUUCCUCCUCGUCUUCAUCGUCCGAUCACAGUUCGGGUGGCGCCGACAACUCUGAUGUCGUCGUCGUCUAUGUGGACAUCUUCCUGUUGUGCGUGCUAGGCCUGCUCGUAUUUUCCGCCCUGCCUAGGGCGAUCACGCGGCUCUCCCGUGCCUCCGAGUGGGCAAGAGGUCUCUGCUUAUAUAGAGUGGACGUUUCGGGUGACGAAUCGCGGAGGCGUCGCGGACAGCCACCUGUAGACCGAUCUGGCGAAGUCAAGCCUUACGAUAACGUCGAAGCCAACGUUCAGGCGGUCGACUCGCGCGGUAUCACGGGCCCAUAUGUCGGCGGGCAAUCCUCUGGGUCGACGCUGCAUCUCAUUGCAUCUGGGCAAAGGGAUUCGCGCCCACCCAAGCACAUGCCCACCUGGGCGACGAGGUUUCCCGGCCUCAGCUGGUUGCUGUCCAUUCAGGUCCUGUUCGGCUAUUCAAUUGGCACCCUCUUCGUGCUUUUGACCUGGCUCGAUGUCAUUUUAUACGCCGGGCUGGUUGAUAGUAAUCCGUUUUCAAGCCCAGGAAGAGCUGGUAUCCUGGUCGUUAGCCAGCUUCCUUUGGUCUACGUACUGGGCACGAAGAACAAUGUCGUUGGAACGCUCAUUGGACAGGGAUACGAGAGGCUCAAUUAUUUGCAUCGCUUUGUCGGUCGUUUCCUUAUUUUUGCCAUCAACGUCCAUGCUAUUGGGAUCAUGUACGAAUUCACAAGCACCGGCGCAUGGUCGACGGUCAUCGUGUUAGCCCACAUCCGAUGGGGGCUGGUCGGCCUUGUCUGUAUGGACUUCCUUUUCCUGUUUUCUGUCAGCAGUUUCAGGCAGAGGUUCUACCACGUCUUCUACGCGUCUCACAUCGUCUCUGCUAUCAUCCUACUCAUCGCUACGUGCUUCCACAACCCCACCGCUCAGCCGUACAUUUUUUCUGCUGUUGCUAUCUACGCUCUCGAUCGUGUCCUACGCGUCCUCAAAUCGCGCGUCACCACUGCGCAUCUGCAUCCGAUACUCGAACUCAGCAUGGUUCGCGUGCAAGUCCACGGUGUCAACGGCGGUUGGCGUGCUGGCCAGCACGUACGAAUCAAGGUUCUCUCGAUAGGCAUGGGUAUUUACGGCUGGAUGGAACCCCACCCGUUCACCAUUGCGUCCGUUGCCGAGAACGCUAACGGCGAGGGGUUGACUCUCAUGUGCAAGAAGGCCGGCGAUUGGACUGGAAAGCUGUACACGUUGGCGCAAGGCAACAAGGACAGCGAGUCACAGAUGGGCAAGGACGUGACCGUUUUAGUAGAAGGCCCAUACGGUGGUCCUGGAAACACGGUUCUCGCAAGCUACUCGGGUGCUAUGCUCGUGACAGGAGGCAGUGGACUGACCUACGGUCUGUCUGUGAUCGAAGAGUUUUUGCAGAUGGGGUUGCAGGGCACCAGCUCCGUCUUAGUCGCUGAUUUGAUCUGGAGUGUGCCGAGUCCUUCCAACCUUUUCCCGAUGAUACCUCACUUCACAAGACUACUUGAGCAAGCCGAACAGGCCAACAUCUCUCUUCGUAUAUCAGUCUCUUAUACCCGUGCUGUCACGGCCAACGCUCUGCAGGGAUUGGAGGUCCUCCCUCCGGGUCUCACACUCGCACCCGGUCGCCCUCGCCUAGAGAAGACCCUCGAAAGCGUCGUCGAACGUACCUGCGAGGCGUACAGCGACGGCAAAGGCUGGCCGACUGGCGUUUUCGUCGGUGCGUGCGGACCCCUGGCUCUGACGGAGGAAGCGGGAAACGCCGUCCGUAACUUGAACCGGGACAAAUUCCACGCCGUCGGCGGAAUCGAGGUGCAGGAAGAGAACUUCUCUUGGUAGACUGGUCUGGCAGCCCUACAG